AUGGCAUAUAAAGCGGUAUCCACAACCAUUCAAUCGAGGUUAUCCAAUUAUCGACGGACACUCUCGUUCUUCACAAUUCCAAGAAUAUCGGAACGAAUACCGGAUGUCCCACUCGAUCGCUCCCAGUUGCGUAUACCGGCCAACGUUCAUCUGGCAGAUCCAAGCUUCCACCAGCCAGGAGAAAUAGAUAUGCUGAUCGGCACCGGACCAGCACUGUCGUGCCUCAGUAUCGGCCAAAUCGACCUCUCCAACCGAAGUGGACGCGAUUUGGUCUUACAGAAAACGCAACUGGGCUGGAUCAUCGGAGGAAACAUCCCAACGACGGCCACCCGCGACACCCAUAAGGCUUUCGUCACGAGCCUGGACUUCAACUUACAGAAGUUUUGGGAAGUUGAAGAGGGAGCCCAGGAUCGGCACCUUUCGCCGGAAGAACGCGAGUGCGAGGAACAUUUUGUGAAAAACGUGCGACGGGACAAUUCCGGACGAUACGUGGUUGCGUUACCCUUCAAUGAAAGAAAGGGCGAAUUAGGAGAUUCUCGGUCGCGUGCCUUAACGCGCCUUCUUUCGAUUGAACGAAAAUUGGAACGCAACCCGGAAUUGAAAAAACAAUACACCGCGGUAAUAAACGAGUACCGUACACUCGGGCACAUAAGACAGGUAGAAUCCCUCGACGCGCGUGGCUUUUACCUGCCUCACCACGCCGUAAUAAAACCUUCGAGCGCCACGACGAAGGUCCGCGUUGUGUUUGAUGGUUCGGCAAAAACCAGCAGCGGCGUGUCAUUAAACGACGCAUUAAUGACUGGUCCUACCAUUCAGGACGAUUUGUUUACGCUUCUGCUGCGGUUUAGGACUUACGCAUUCGUGAUUACCGGGGACAUCGAAAAAAUGUACCGCCAGUUCCUCGUGCGACCGGAGGAUCGAAAGUACCAACGCGUUUUAUGGAGAGACGAACAAGGCAUCGUGCAAACGUACGAGUCGAACGUCGUCACGUUCGGCUUCUCUUCGGCUCCAUUUCUCGCGAUUCGAUGCGUGCACCAACUCGCGGACGAUGAAUGCAACGCGUACCCGGUAGCGGCGGCCAUAUUGAAACGAGAUUUGUACGUGGACGACCUCCUCACGGGCGCCAACACAAUGGAGGAGGCGAAACACGUGCAAACGCAAAUCGGUGAGCUGCUUCAACGGGGUGGAUUGACUAUACGCCAAUGGGCGUCAAACGAGCCCGCUCUCCUCAAGGGACUCAGCGAAGAUCAAAUCCACCCGAAGAUCCUGGGCGACGACACGACGAUGAAGGCGUUGGGAGUUUCCUGGGACGCCAGGAACGACGCGAUUCGAUACUCGGUCGAAAUCCCAGUCAAUGACAAGGUCAGCAAACGAACCAUCUUGUCGACGAUUGCCAAGAUCUUCGACCCACAAUAUCUGUUACGUCAUAACAAAGGACGAAUACCAUCAUGCAUCGCACUUGUAGUUUUCCUAGAAAAUAAUAAUUCUCACCACUUAAAUUCCUGCUCGUACAUGCUCAAUGAAUAUACAUCUGCGUUGCAGAUGUAA